UGUGGCAAGGACUUUUGUACUCGCUCAGGACGUUCUAGACACCAAAGAAUUCAUACUGGAGAGAAACCCCACAAGUGUGAAGAAUGUGGAAAAGUCUUUUCUACUCAUUCAUACCUUACUCAGCACAAGGUAGUCCACUCUGGAGAGAAACCUUACAAGUGUGAGGAGUGUGGCAAAAAGUUUUACUAUCCUUCUCGCCUUAAGGAGCAUCAAAGAAUUCAUUCUCAAGAGAAUCCCUACAAGUGUGAAAUAUGUGGCAAUGUCUUUUGUACCCCCAAAGGACUUUCUAAACAUCAGAGAUUUCAUACUGGAGAAAAACCCUACAAGUGUGAAGAAUGCGGAAAAAUGUUUUACUAUCCUUCUCGCCUUAAGGAACAUCAAAGAAUUCAUUCUCAAGAGAAUCCUUACAAGUGUGAAAUAUGUGGCAAAGCCUUUUAUACUCUCUCAUAUCUUACUCAGCACAAAUUAGGUCACACUGGGGAGAAACCUUACAAAUGUGAGGAAUGUGGUAAAACCUUUUACUAUCCUUCAGUCCUUAAAGAACACCAAGCAAUUCAUUCUGGAAAGAAACCAUACAGGUGUGAUGAAUGUGGCAAGGACUUUUGUACUCGCUCAGGACGUUCUAGACACCAGAGAAUUCAUACUGGAGAGAAACCUUACAAGUGUGAGCAGUGUGGAAAGGCCUUUUCUACUCAUUCAUAUCUAUCUCAGCACAAGGUGGUUCAUUCUGGAGAGAAACCCUACAAGUGUGAGGAGUGUGGCAAAAAGUUUUACUAUCCUUCUCGCCUUAAGGAGCAUCAACGAAUUCAUUCUCAAGAGAAUCCCUACAAGUGUGAAGUGUGUGGCAAAGUCUUUAAUACUCACUUAGAACUUACUACCCACUUGAGUACUCAUUCAGGAUAAAACCCUGCAAUUGGGAAGGAUAUGAAAAGGCUUUUUAACUCAUCCAUUCUUACCUCAGAAUAAAUUCCUGAACAGAAAUCUUAACCCCUGUGAAGAAUGUGGAAAAAUGUUUCCUGUCCUCUAGACCUUAAGCAUCUGGGGGGAAAUCACACAAGUGUGAGGACUGUGGCAAGGCUUAUAGUACUCGCUUUUGACUAUCUAAACAUCAAAAGAAUCAUACUGUCGAGAAAGACCACAAAUGUGGGAAAGUUUCUACUAAACUUUUUAACCUUACUCAACACAAGAUAGUUUGUUCUGUUUAGAAACGCUAUACAUGGGGAAAUGCUGGAAAAACUUUUUACUCUUCAAUCUUAAAAAAAAAAAAAAACAAAAAAAAAAACAGAGUUCAUUCUUAAGAGAGACCCUACUAGUGUGAGGGAGGUGCUUUUGCUUAUCACUCAGACUAUAUCCAACUCAGAUGAAUCCAUAGUAGAAAGAAACCAAACUCUUGUGAAGCAUGGCAAGUGCUUCGCUAAUCACUAUCUAACCACCUUAAAAUGUGUACUGGGAAGAAACACUACAAAUGUGAACAAAUUGACAAGGCUUUUAAAACAAAAGCAUUGGUACUGAAGAGCAACCUUACAAUGGCAAAGCAUAUUAUCAAGGUUUCACUUACGAUUCAGCACUGCAGAAUGUCAGAGAAUUCACACUUGAGAGAAUCUCUACAAAUGUGCAAAAUAUACCCAGGUGUUUAUCUGUAAUUCAUCACUGCAUAAGCAUGAGAGAAUUAGUACUUCAGAAAUGCAAGGUAUGUGGCAAGAAUAUACCUGUUUUUCUUACUUUACUUAUCCCCAGAAACUUCAUACUAGAGAGAAACUACUCAUACAAAUAAUUUGUCAGACCCUUUAAUAAUUUAAAUCUCAGUCAACACCAAAGAAUUCCACAAGCUUUACUGUUCAACUUCACAUCUCUUUGCAUUUUCUAAUGAAGCCUCAGCUGUGUGGUUGCCUAGAUUGGACUGGCUUACAAAUGUGUUGAUGGAACAUUUUCUUAGAUGCAAAUUAAUGCCCAGUCCAACCCCUGGGCAGGUGGUCCUGAGUGAAUGAAAAUUCUGUCCAAGCAUAAAUCUGAGGGAUCAAGCCAGUAAGCAGAACUCUUCAAUAGUUUCUACUUAAUGUUUCUGCCUCAGGAUUUCUUCCUUGAGCUCUUGUCCUGGCUGAACUGGCUGACUAACUGUAAUUCCUGAACUGAAAUAAACCCGUUCCUGUCCUACGUUGUUUUUUGGUUAAGGCAUUUAUGAAAACAACAGAAAUCAAAGUUGGAUAGCAAAGGAUAUGUGAAGGCUUUUCACUUUUAUGUAUACCUUAGUUAUCAGAGUUAUAAUGAUAACUGACAUUUAUACUGGAGAGAAUGUCACAAUGUCUUUUUAAAUGGAGAAUCCUACCCCUAGUUUCAGCUAAGAACAUCUGAGUCCUAUAGCAGAGACUUUGCUAAUGCUGUAAUCUACCAACCUAUUCUUUCAGACAAUGUUUUCAAGGUGCAUUGAUUAUUCUUUAUAACUUUCCUCAAACUGUUACCAUGCUGUCAGACUGUACUUGGGUAAUCUGAAUCUGGAUUCCUGAGCCAUCAUCUGUAUGGCAGAUUUUCCCCUUGGGUCCUCCAAUUGUAAGUAACCCUUCCCUUUGGUCUGUAAGAAAACCCAAAUAAAUUCACUUUUCUCACUAACUUGGGCUGCGGUGAAAUGCUAGGAUGGUGUGUUGUGGGGUCCCUUUGUAGUGACUAGGCAUUUACUUGUGUUUAGAGAUAACUAACGUAACACGUGUCAUUCAUGUUUGGCUCCAAAAUAAACAAUGUCUGGUUCCCUUUCAA